AUGAGAGUAUUUGGCUUCUUUGGCCUUCUAACAGCUGUUCUGACGAAAUCUGCUUAUGCACACGACGUCGCGACGGGAGCGGUCGAGAUCGACAUUGCGGGCAACUUUUACUGCGCCUUUCUUGGCCAGCUCAUUGCGCCCUUUCAUGUCUACGAAACGACCGUCGUACUCGUGCAAGUCGUCGACCUCGAAUGGAGUUUUCAUUAUCCAGUAAAAUCGCUCACAUGGACAUCUGAGUACGUUGCCGACGAUCAAAAAUAUUAUACGGUCACGAUCGAUGCAGAGUUUGAGGAAAACGGGGAUGAUGACUUCAGUUGCUGUAAAGCUGAGAUUGCCUGGUCAUUCUGGCUCGAUGUUGCCGAUCCGCAUGCCUGGGUACCUAGUGCAGGUCCCCAAAUCAACGUAGUGUGCGACCCACCAACCGACGGUAGCAGUACGUGCUCCGUCAGACAGCGAGGCGAGAUCGACAAUUGCCACCGUGCCGGCCAAUUUGACGUUGAUUUUGGACCAGCCUACCAAGAGUGGCUCAAGACUUAUAUUCGCCUCAGGACCUGGACAGCGAUAUGA